AUGCCUACUCUCAGAUCUGCACUUCAGGCUUUGAACGUUGAUGUAGAAAGCUUUGACCCCCAAGAUGAUGAUCCUUUGAUAUGCCCAGCCUGUCACAAACUUAUGAAGACUCCUCAAGGCAUCACUGCUCACCUGCAGACGGCUAAAAGCUGUCAGUGGUAUAAGAAGGGUAAACUGAGAGAGCUGACUUUGCCAGGGAGAUUUGGAGAAGAGGUGAUGGCUAGAGAGGUUGAUGAACAAAUGGUGUUACCUAGGCAGGAGCCUGAGUUGGACCCUAUGGAAGUGGUGGAAGAAUAUGGCCAGCACAUGUACAACCUUAUCCCCCCUAAUGAUGAAGAUCAUAUAGGCCGUAACUGUGGAGAGGGCUCUUAUCAUGAUGCUCAGCAGGAGACUGGAGAGGGAGAGGAAGAUGUGCAUAUCAUUGAAGAACAUCUUUUGGUAGGGAGGGUCAUCAGAGUGGAUGAGACGCUUCACCAGCUGUGGAGGAGAAGAUUUGGAGAAGAGAAAGCUGAGGGGGAGGAUGUGGACAUGGAUGAUACAAGCCAACUGUCUUCUUCCUACAACACCUUCUCAUCUUUCGCAUCAGAACUUGACUGGCGAGUCGCUCACUGGGCUGUCAGUGAAGGUAUUGGCCAUAAAUCGUUUGAUAGACUGAUGAACAUUCCAAGUGUAAGUCUAACAAAAGAAGGCAGUAAAGGAGAUUUAAGGAACAUAAGAAAUUCAAUCAGAGGCACUUGGAUCUGUACCACUACCAUGGAGGGUUUUUCCCAUGCUAUCUGCAGGCAAGUUUGA